AUGCAGGCUGCUGACUGGUGCUGUUGGCUGACCAUGUACCACUCUUUCUCCAUGACUUGCGUUCGUUGCCCGAAUGACCAACGAAUUCUCUUCCUUGAUUGUCUUACUCCCUAAACAGGCCGAAUCACAACAGCGUCCGCAGUUGCGAGCGUCACCUCGGCAUUGAUUCCAAACUCGACCUUCACUGCGCCGGCUGCACAAGUCGUCCCAUCGACGCCGCCGGGGUCCUCCAGGACCAAAACCGAUGCUGGUGGAACCAACUUUCCGACUGCGGCGGUCGUCGUCGUCGUCGUCCUGUGUACCUUGGUGGGAAUCUUGGUUGCCUACAAGAUCUACGUAUGGUGGUACAGGAAGAAGCAUCGUUACGUCGUCCCCUUGCCCGACGUUCGACCUUUUGCCGCACCGUCCUCGCCUCGCAUGGCGCCGACGAUGAGCUCGCUCGAAGCGGGCGGAGCCCUUGGCGGAGGAGUACCACGAGCGAGUAGUACAUAUGGAUUGAUGCCUGGAGCGGCGUCGUUGGGCCGGGUACGAGAGUCGAGUUGGACGACUGAGGGUGGGCUUAGUGAGGCAUGGACGCCUUCGCCAGGGAUGAACAACAGUCCGGGGUGCACGAGUCCGGGGACCCCGACGAGCAUGCAGCCUCAUUCAGCUCUGACGAGCCGAUCACCGAGUCCCUUCGGCAUGCCCUCGCCCGAUGGAACCGUGUUGCCGAGCUCCGCCAGCCGCGCCAGCUUCUCCUCGGCGUCGGGUACGCGCCGGCAUCUGAUGUUUGGCGCCAACUCGGUCGUCAAUGCGCCUCACCAGAUGCGAACGCAGCCUUCCUCGUCUCGACUAUCGGGCGCACCGCAUGCCCUUCAUUCGAGGAUCGACAUCGUCCCUCCCACGCCACUUGCUCCCCCUCCAGGAUCGGUCAUCGCCAUGGACAAGGCGACGCUCGAUUUCGCACCUUCUUCCGGCAUCGGCGGUGGCUCUGGCGGCGAGACCGAGUCGGAAACGCUCAUCGAUGUCAACCGAUUCACCCUGGACCGCCCUGGACCUACACCGACGUACGACUCUCGGUUCUCGACGUACCAACAGGGGACGUCAUCGAGGGCGUACAGCAGCGUUUCGGGCCGGUCGUCCUACACCGAGCCUCGAUCGGUGGCGCCCGCACCUCAUCAUCGUACACGUUCUUCCCUGGGCUCCGGUCCUUCUACCGUCAGUCCAUUCCAGGAUCCGCGAUUCAUCGCCAGCAGCACCUCGUCCUCGGAGAACGCUUCGCCCAACUCGUCUUCGACCGGGCUCUCGACGCGUGGGGCACCUUUGUCAAACGCAAAAGCACCUGCACCGCUCUCCAUGUCGGCCGCCGCAGCUUCACCUUUUCCACUUUCGUCAGAACCCUCGUCGCCGCUUGAAAAGCUACAACAACGCAUUGCGCAACAAGCGAGACGAAGUGGGACGGACGUCGAGAUCAGUUCGGCGAGUGGUAGUGGAAGUGGUAGCUCAGGAGGACGAAGUGGGAGUGUCGCCGAAAUUGAGGGAUAUCAAGCACCGCGGGAACGACUGGAAGAAGUCAUGAAUGGUCGGGCCUUGCCUCGAGCUUGA